UGUGUUUUUUUGCUCAUAAAAAAGUCACUUUAAACUUAAAAAUUUUAAUUCCAUUUUUUUCUUUGAAUUGUCCUAAACUCCCCAGAAUGUGCCCAUCACAAUAAAAGCAGAGAACUUUCUCCCCACCUCGUCCAGAAACUUGGUUACAUCGUAGACUUUGUUGUGGAUGAUGAUCCAGGUGGACUUGAAGGAGUUCUGGGCUUCGAUCUCAGACAGUCUGAAGUAUUUCACCCCAUCGGGGCUUUUCUCCUCUUUCUCACCCAUCUCUGUCGGUCCGUCGGUUUGGAGGCCAAGAGGAGCAGGAGGAGCUACUCGGCCUGAGGGAGGUUAUGUAAUCCCGGCGAGAGACUCCGGACCGUGACUCCGCACAAACACUCCGACAUUUAACCCACAGACUCGCCUCCAACUUGCAGCGAUCCCAAGUUAUUCACGUCCAAGUUCAGCCAGGAUGAGUAGAUCCGGCUCCAAGUCCCUCUUCUUCCUGGGUCUCCCUGAUCUGGACCAGCUGGUCUGCGUCAGGCUGAGUCAGAGUCCUGAUGAAGAGGAGGAGCUCAGGUCCAAUCAGAUCAGGAUCUGCAGAGAGCUGGUGCUGCUUCACUCAGACAUUCUGGCCUGUCCUGCUCUGGACUCCAUCUCUGACAUCACAGCCGUCACGACUUUCCAGUUCCUUCAGAGCGACUUCCUGCAGGCCUUUGUGUUCAGGAACCGUCUGCAGCCGGGCUGUCCUCAGAGAGUCUAUCCAGGGGACGUCCAGUCCGCGCUGUCCUACUCCCUGAUCGCUCGCUUGGCUCCCAGCUGGAACAAAGCUGGACUCUACCUCAUCGCUGGAGAAGACUUCCUGAUGGAGAGGGGGAGGCUCAGCGCUGUCAGCAUGGAGCUCAGCACCAGCGAGGGCCGACUGUGCCUCAGCAUCGAAGCAGGAGCGGUGCGAAUGCCGCCGCCCACGCUGGAGGACUUUCAGCUUCCAGCUGCGGUGCUCAGGAGGUUCUGCUGGGACCCUGAAGCCGUCCUGAAUCCGUCCUCUACAGGUGGACCCACCUGGUGUCACGUCCUGCCCAGCAUGAAGAAAGGUCAGAUCAUCACCAUCAGCCGCCAGCUGCCCAGAGACGGACCCUUCAGAACCUACAGGGACCUGCAGAACCACUGGAACCGCCUGUACGGCUACAGGCUUCCUCAGCUGCAGGAGGAGGAGGUGGUUUACUGCAGCGUCUACUUCAGGCCUGUGGGAGAAAGACUCUUCACAUACCCCCUGAGCUGCAUCCGCCUGCUUCCCGUGCAGCAAUGUCCCCACGUCGACCUGCAGGUGGCGCUGAGUCACUUCCUCUCUGAUAUCAGAGAGCGGCUGCAGACCGUGUGUGGCUUUCCAGCCCGUCUGACCAGUAAACCCAGUUACCACACAGUCAGCCUGAACACCGCCGCCUCCAUCCAGGUCCUGAGUGGGGAGCAGCUCAACCUGACCGCCUCCAUCUCCCUCAGCUCCGUCGUCACUCGUUUCCCAGCCGCUCCUCUCUCCCAGCCCGUCAUCUCCUGCUCCUCCAGACAGGACCCGCCGCCGUGGAUCUCCUUCUCCCAGGGGGGCGGCGCCCUGAAUGCACAGAGGCCUUUAUCUCAGCCAUCUAACAGUCAGAACCUCUUCGGCUCCGUUUCCUCCUUCUUUCAGCACUUCCAGCCGGCCUCCUCCCUCCCCUCCCUACCGCCUCCCGCCCCGCUGAACCCCACGCCUAAACUGGUCCCCAUCUUCAGGAACAAGGACGCCUCCCGCCACGUCAAUGUCGUCCAGCUGCGCGCCCAGAAGCAGGAGCAGCUGAGCGGACGGAAGGAGGAGAAGCGAAGGAUCACCCUGCCUGUUCCUCUGGAGCCUGCCGCCAACGCAGUGUCCUUUUCUCCUUCCCUCUCGGCUCUAUCCGUCCCUCUGACUCCUCUGAUCGUCCCCCGUUUCCGUCCUAAAACCCAGAGGAGUAUCCCGUCUGAGCCAUCGUAUCCGCCCACGAUCACCCGGAUCACCAGCCUCAGUCCGGUGUCCAGGAUCAAACCGGCCAUCAUCGUCCCAUCACUGAUCAAACAUAAAGCCAAGAAAUCUGAGAGCGUCGUCCCUGAAGGCGACACCGUGUCCGACUCGAGGAGGAUAACGGAGCAGAAGGUCGGAUCUAAGAGCUGCGUCCCAAAAUCCAUCGUUAAAGCCAACAGGGCGGCCGGUCCUGAAACAGAACCGGACCAGCGCCCUCUGAUGCCCGCAGGCUCCUCCAGCAAGGCAAGGAAAAAGAAGGUGGCCUUUGGGCUGAAGGAGGAGAAGAUGAAGGCUUCAGUGGACGAUGUGGAGAAAAUGAACCAAAGCAACCAGCUGUCCAAGCUGAGCUCCUCCACUCUGCUGCUGUGGCUCAAACGGAGAGGAGUCCAGGUCUCUGCCAAACACAGGAAGGACGAGCUGAUCCGGACGGUGAUGAGCUGCCUGGCUGAGGCCUGAACCGACGAGAGCGUCUGAUUGGUUCUACUGGAACGUUCCGCCUUCAUCCACUGGCUGAGGCCUGAACCGACCAGAGCGUCUGAUUGGUUCUACCGGAACGUUCCACCUUCAUCCACUGGCUGAGGCCUGAACCGACCAGAACGUCUCCUCCUCAGAGCGUCUGAUUGGUUCUACCGGAACGUUCCGCCUUCAUCCACUGGCUGAGGCCUGAACCGACCAGAACGUCUCCUCCUCAGAGCGUGUGAUUGGUUCUACCGGAAUGUUCCGCCUUCAUCCACUGGCUGAGGCCUGAACCGACCAGAGCGUCUGAUUGGUUCUACCGGAACGUUCCGCCUUCAUCCACUGGCUGAGGCCUGAACCGACCAGAACGUCUCCUCCUCAGAGCGUCUGAUUGGUUCUACCGGAACGUUCCGCCUUCAUCCACUGGCUGAGGCCUGAACCGACCAGAACGUCUCCUCCUCAGAGCGUCUGAUUGGUUCUACCGGAACGUUCCGCCUUCAUCCACUGGCUGAGGCCUGAACCGACCAGAACGUCUCCUCCUCAGAGCGUGUGAUUGGUUCUACCGGAAUGUUCCGCCUUCAUCCACUGGCUGAGGCCUGAACCAACCAGAACGCCUCCUCCUCAGAACGUCUGAUUGGUUCUACCGGAACGUUCCGCCUUCAUCCACUGGCUGAGGCCUGAACCGACCAGAACGUCUCCUCCUCAGAGCGUGUGAUUGGUUCUACCGGAACGUUCCGCCUUCAUCCACUGGCUGAGGCCUGAACCGACCAGAACGUCUCCUCCUCAGAGCGUCUGAUUGGUUCUACCGGAACGUUCCGCCUCCAUCCACUGGCUGAGGCCUGAACCGACCAGAACGUCUCCUCCUCAGAGCGUCUGAUUGGUUCUACCGGAACGUUCCGCCUUCAUCCACUGGCUGAGGCCUGAGCCGACCAGAACGUCUCCUCCUC